CUCGAGCUCGAUCCGAGCGCGAGCUAGCUUCGGUGUACCAGAAACCGGUGAGAUGCAGAUGGUUGGUUAAUCUUAGUUUGGCUAGCCUAGUCUUUCUCUACAGAUGAUCUAGUGAAUUCAAUGAUGACAUGGAUUCUCUUUCCUUGGAAGAUCAAAGAGGGCGACAGUGCACUGUUUGCUACCAUUCCUUUGCACGAGAUGGUGAACAUGUUCCUCGGAUUCUAACCUGUGGCCAUACAUACUGUACAGCUUGUCUAGGUAAGCUAGUUGGCAAGUUUUCUCAUGGUAAAAUCUGCUGCCCAACAUGCAAAACGGAUACAACAAUACCAGGACUGGUGAAUAAUGUGCAAAAGCUGGCAAAGAAUUUUGCUGUUCUUGACAUACUGGAAGGUUUGGAAGAGGUUCUAAGAGGCUCAUCUUUGGCCACAAAUCAGAUGUUAUUAUGCAAUGAACAUGAAAACGAGCCAAAGAAGGUGUACUGUUUGACAGAUAGCAUGGUAAUCUGCAUAUACUGCCAAGUUUAUGGACCUCAUAAAGACCAUGAAUGCCAGCUUGUUAGUCAGGUAGCUUCCAACAAUAGGGAGAUAUUGGCUCAAAUGCAAGAAGAUUUGUCCUCUCAAAAAAAGAUACUACUCCCUGCCUGGAGACAGAUCCAAGAUGUCUCCAAUACUGUACAACUUACGGAGGAAAAACUGAUGCGAGAAGUUCGUCAGCAUUUUGAUGUUCUCAGGAGGAAAUUAUGCCGAAGGGAGAAAGAGGUCACAGGUCAUCUAAAAUCACUCACAUCUGGAAAAGUUGUUGUAUUGCACAAACAAUGCAGGAGAAUAGGUGAGCUAAUGGACAGAGUUGAGCAGCUCAAAAUGGCUUGCCAAUCUUUCAUCUCUGGCCCAGAUUAUGAGGUUGUGCUCAAAAUGGAUUCUUUGAAGCGUGAUGUAGACUCCUUCAUCGCAGAGCUACCAAAUCAUGACCUGAGUCCUUGUGCAAGGAAUAAUCUUGUGUGUGACCUGCCUCAAGAGUUGCAAAAGGCCAUAGCAGCUCAUGGUGCCGUGAUUGAAUGCGAAGAUCCAGAGCGAUUAGAAGACCCAAAGACAACUGAACCAUCAGGGGCUAGCAUACAGGACCAGGAACAGUCCCAACCAGUUACAGAGACCAGCUACUCUGGAGCUAGUGGGGAUGACGCUGAGGUAGUUGGUGCCCGAUUGCAGAGCACAGAGAUAGCCGCUCCUCCCAGCCAGAGAAUCAGACAUUCCUCAACCAGACCAAGGCAAAGACUCCAGAGACCUGACGUCAUCAUCUUUGACAGUGUAGGAGACCUUGAUGAGAUCGAUCCAUCCGUAUGUCAAGUGCGCCCUCUAUGCCAAUGCCAUGGUGAUGGCAGUCGCGGGAGAUGCGACUUGUUUGUGCACAGUGGCAGACGCAGACUGGGAGAACGAGAUACAAGCCAAAAUGAAGAGGACACCUUUCAAGACGUGAGUGAUGCGAGCUCUGACACUUCCUCUUCCUCCGCUGCUAGCCCUGACUUCAGCGACAUCAGCGAUCUGGAGCUUGACCUUCCACUGCGGACGGCCUGGUCAAACCGUGGAGGCUGGUCAUCACCAAAUGUCAACCCCUCGCCAUCAUGUCAGGAAGGAGAGAGAGAUAUGACAGCGGGAGAGACACCGGUCAGGGUAUCCGUUAGGGAGGUCGUUGCUGAGAUGGAGAGAGGACAGAAUUGCGGUGAAGCUGCAGAGGGUGGAGCUGUUGGAGGACAGGCUCAGGACACCAACUUGUCUUCUGAUGAAGUGGUGCCAAGAAAUCCUGAAAGAAGCCAAGAUGGGGCUGCGGACACAGGAUGUAUACUGACCUCUAAUGGCCAUGUUCAUCCAAGAUCAAAUGUGGAACCAAAAUGCUCAGUUUUCAACUGCUCAUCUCAGGCAGCCACUGCUGUUUACGUCCGUUGUAAGCACUGCAACAGAAUCUUCUGUCAGAGCUGUGUCCAUCAUUCCUCGAGCGCUCGUCGUUGCUACAAACGUCCUCGUGGUCAUAGCUUUGUUCUCAUCCCACAUUCUUCAUCUCAAGCCCACUCGUCCUCCAACAACAACAACAGCAACUGUGAUGCCCCUUCGGCGGUCGUUUCUCGGGGAAGUCACCGACAUAGAAGGCAUCACCACCCUGGCUACCAUCACCACCAUCAUCAUCAUGCUGGUAGUCGGCAUCAUCAGCAUCACUCCUCAUCUCGACGUCACCAUCAUCAUCAGCACUCGUCACACCACCAUGACAACCCGGAAUACCCCCAGCAUCAGCACAUGCGGAGAGACUUCCGUCGUAGCAGGAGUAGAGGUCAUCAUAGGUCGGGAGGUCAACAGGAGUUUGAGGAUGGUCAUGUCAGAGUGCAGAGGGAAGGGAAUCAUUCUCGAGCAAUGGAAAGAUUCUUUGAAGAUCUGAUCAUCUAAAUGCUCCUUCAAUUUAAAGGCGAAUUAUGUUAUAGGAGAUGAGUUUUUUUUAUAGACACUUUGAAGAAUGAAGAUGAAGUCUUAUUUUCAUCUGAACAUAUUAUUCCAUUAUUGUUUUGCUUGUUUGUCAUUUAUUUCAUUUAUUCAAUCAUCUAUUUAUUUCUAUUUUCAUUUAUUUAUUUAUAUAUUCAUUUAUCAAUCCAUUAUGUUUUUAUUCAAAAUUCAACAGGACAGUUCUAUCAGGGUAUGAAGUACUGCUAUAUUUGAGGCCUUGUAUAACAUAUGAGGCCAUCACACACCUUACAACUGGUCGUGAUCCGAUUUCGGAACAAAUCACAUUUGGCUCAUUUUCUGAAAAUGUGAAUGGAACAUAUCAUUUUAUUUGAGUUUAAAAUUAAUUGAAAGAGUAAAGGCCAAUUCAGUUUCGAAUCGUAGCCAAUCGUACUAAUGCUAGGACGUCAUUACGACUAGAUAUUAAAUUCGCCUUUGUUCUAAGAAGGAUGAUAGCAUAUUCACAGAUUUGAGCAUAGGUAUUCGUGUGAUGAUUGAGAACAUUACACAGUAAGAUAUUCCAUGUCUCAAUAUUAGCAUAAAAUUCUAUGACGUUUUAUUCCAAAAUCGGGUCGUGGACUAAUCGUAAGGUGUGCGAUGAAAACCUCAUACAUACUGGAUACUAUUUAGUGAUUAUUGGUAAACAACAAAGCUUUAUCAUAUGGAGUACUGUAAAAUGAAUUGACAUUGAUUGCAUUCAGGGACAAGCCAAAUGGGUAAAUCAUGAGUUCAUCUAUGUAUACUCUAACUAUUUUGAUUGGGUUCAUUUCUUUGUAUUCAAAAAUGCAAAAUGAAUAUUACACAAUAAACCCAAAAGCAAAACUGAAAUGAAAUUUGAAAGUAUUCAUCUGCUAUCAUCAAAAGAUUCAGAAUUAUACCACUGAACAUUUAAGAUUCAGUGUAGAUCUUACGUAGUCUCACAAUAAUGAUUACGACUUAAGAAUUUCUAGGUCAAGAGAGUUGACCAUGUUAUUUCAAUCAAGUGUGUUUAAAAGACGACCUGUCUGCAAA